UUGUGGCGUGGGGCGAUGAUUCGAGAAUAAUCUGGCGAUACUCGGUAUGCGUAUCCGUGCGACCGCUAUAAAUUGCGUUAAUCGCCUUCUCAAGCCCGUGUACUACAUCCAAAAGUCUAGCUCUUCCUCGUCUGUUAAUCAAGAUGCAGAUCUUUGUUAAAACUCUUACUGGCAAGACUAUCACCCUUGAGGUGGAGUCUUCGGACACGAUUGACAAUGUAAAGGCCAAGAUUCAGGACAAGGAAGGGAUCCCUCCUGACCAGCAAAGGCUUAUUUUUGCUGGCAAGCAACUCGAGGACGGCCGCACCCUUGCCGACUACAACAUCCAAAAGGAGUCGACGCUCCACCUCGUGCUCCGCCUUCGUGGAGGCAUGCAAAUCUUCGUCAAGACGCUAACGGGCAAGACAAUCACCCUUGAAGUCGAAUCCUCUGAUACUAUUGACAACGUCAAGGCCAAGAUCCAGGACAAGGAGGGCAUCCCGCCUGACCAGCAAAGGUUGAUCUUCGCCGGCAAGCAGCUGGAGGACGGCCGCACCUUGGCCGACUACAAUAUCCAGAAGGAGUCUACCCUUCACCUCGUGCUCCGUCUCCGUGGUGGCAUGCAGAUCUUCGUCAAAACUUUGACCGGCAAGACGAUCACCCUCGAGGUGGAGAGCUCUGACACUAUUGACAACGUCAAGGCUAAGAUCCAGGACAAGGAGGGCAUCCCUCCGGACCAGCAAAGGUUGAUCUUCGCAGGCAAGCAGCUCGAUGACGGUCGCACCCUCGCUGAUUACAACAUUCAAAAGGAGUCCACCCUCCACCUUGUGCUCCGCCUCCGCGGCGGAAUGCAAAUCUUCGUCAAGACUCUCACGGGCAAGACCAUCACCCUGGAAGUGGAGAGCUCGGAUACGAUCGACAACGUGAAGGCUAAAAUCCAGGACAAGGAGGGGAUUCCACCGGAUCAGCAGAGGCUCAUCUUCGCCGGUAAGCAGCUGGAGGACGGCCGCACUCUGGCCGAUUACAACAUUCAGAAAGAGUCCACUCUUCAUCUUGUCCUCCGCCUCCGUGGUGGUCACUGAGUAAUUUCAACUCUGCUUUUGUCUACUUGGAUCUCUGUCUGAAAUUGUGAUGCAAUAACUAUGCUAUUUAGAAUAAUGCAUCAUUGCAACUUGUAGGCUUC